AUGUCUUCAGCCUCUGAUAUUUCUGUGGAUGAAUCGGAUUCUAUGUACUCAGAUGUUUCGCCAGCUCCCCCGAGUCGUCUCCAUGCUGUCGAAAUCAUCGAAAUAGAGAGCAGCGAUGAUGAUGAGUAUAGAAGAGACGAUGGUAGACAGAGAAUAGAGUCGGAUGAAGGAGAUUCUGAAGAGCAGGACUCUGAGAUUGUGACCGAUAGCGAGUUCGAGGCACGGCCGGGCUUCAGCAACCAUGCCUCACUGGAGGACGAAGAGGAUGAAGAGGAUCAAGAAGACAAAGAGGAUGAUGAAAAUGGUGAAGACGAAGAGGGUAAUGAUGACGAAGAUGAUGAAGGGAGCGUUGAAGAUGUUUGGAAAUCAAAUGGAGUUCACCACAAUGGGCUCAACGGUACAGCACCAGCCCCUGCUCCGGUCCUCCAUCCAUCCAAAAAUCAGACAGCUCCUGAAUCACCCCUCCUCCUCCCAACAGAAGUAAAAGACGCCCUUCACCCGCUACAGCAUACUGCGGAUCGCGUUGUCAAACAGAUAGAAGCAUAUGCGCAAAGCCUGGACAAUUUUAGGCGACAAGGACUUAACCCGGGUGACACACGGGCAUUUCAAGAGGCCUGUAAAUUGGUAAAGAAGUACCAACAGAUAGCCGAAGACACCGCAAAAGAGCUAGCACAGCCAACCGGUGCCCGGAAAUCACUCAGAUCUUCCACCGUGGUGAACCUCAGUCAGAGCUAUAAGCCAAAUCUGUCUAUCAACAAGGAUGCGGAGGCUAGCGUUCGGCGAUGGCAAUUAGAGGCAGAUACCUGGGGACUGGUUUUCCACCUCCUUACAGUUGGUGACCCUGACUCGCGCCUCCAAGCGCAGCUUAACCAGAAGUCGGCGCUACAAACUCUUCAUAGAUACUCGACAGACCACGAUAUUUGGGAAACUUUUUUGAGAACUGACCAUUUUGCAGUAGAGAAUGCAGUUAUGCUCAAGUGGCUUGAAAACACAGCGAAGGCAGGCAUUGAAGUUAUGGAUUCGACGAUUUCAAAGCUAGAGAUGGAUGCAAACAGAGGAGAAGGCUUAUGGGCUCACGGAUGGCUAUAUACCAAGGAGGCUAUUAAAGGCGCAAAACGAUUGCGAUCGUGGCCUCAACCACUCGAACCUGAUGACCCUAGCGUUACUGCUUCCCUUUUGAGCUCGACUCGUAAUGAACCUCUCAUUACCCAGCUUGAUCCUGAUGCGGUUACGCGACAAGGCCUCGGCCUCCAGAAACAAGAUCAGUCAUUUGAAGAAGCGACAUGGCUAGAAUGCUGGAAGAUGAUCAGAACUGGCAAAGACUGGCUAUCUAUUCGUGAAUGGGCCAAGGAGCGCCUCGAAAGUUGGCGCGCAAUCAGUUUGUGCGGUUCUGCUGGAGACUCGUCUUUGUCUGCCGAUGACCCUUCACAUUCCAGCCUUCUUCGAAUGAUGAAUUAUCGCUCUCAAGAAUCCUGGAGGGCCGCCUGUUCGGUUCUUGCAAAUAAUCCAAAGUCCAAUCGCUAUGAGCGAGCCGUUUAUGCUCUGAUAGCUGGAGAAACUGGUCCUGCGUAUGAAGUUUGCCAAAGCUGGAGUGAUUUUGUUUACGUCAACUGCAACCAUAUUCUUCUCUCCCGAUAUCGAGACUUCUGUAAACAGCUUCAGCGGAAACUAAGCUACUCGCCAAAGGGCGACAUUGAGUUACGUGUUGAUCCUCCGCAGUACGACAGCAUUCGCAACUUUUUGGAUACAUUGGUGAAAGACCCACGAACCGCGAAAGAGUCCAAAAACCCAUAUUGUACAAUUCAAGCUGCGAUAUUGAGCCAAAAUUACGACCAAUUUUUUAAUCGUCAGGCGAACGCUUUGGCAAAAGUGGCCCAAGAGAGCGGAGAACCCACUCUUAUACCAGAUGUUACUUCUAUGAGCACUUUUGAUCAGCCAACCUUGAUUGCUGCAAAGGAUAAUGAUUCUCUAAGGCUUACCGCGCAUUUAUAUCUUAUUUUGCGUGCUGUUGGGUUGGUUCGAUCUGAUUCACAUUACUCUGCCACUGCUUCCAUCAAUGUGAUCAGGUAUAUCGACUUCCUACGGGAAUCUGGGGCCACCCGUGAUAUUCCACUAUACGCCUCUCUCCUCCCUCGGGAUAUGGGCAAUGAAGUUCUGGGAAAAGUUCUGAUUGAAGUUACCGACCCAUCUGAACGAGAAUCUCAUAUUCAGAUGAUGAGACGCCUGAAAAUUGAUAGUUCUGCUAUGAUCCAAAGCCAAUGGCGGUGGGUCCUUAAGGAAGCAGAUGCGAAAUCAGAUGAGAGACCAAUCAGGCUUAUGAGGACAGUUACGACUGGCGGAGACCGGCCAGGAAAGAUUGGGCACAUUAUGAAAGGAUUCAUCUCCAGGUUUACCGUCUCACCGGAGGACGAGAAACUGAUUCGUUGUAUCGACUGGCAUCGAUAUAUUGGUGGCCAGUGGGCGAGAUUAUGCAUUCUCGGAACCCACCUGUACAAACGGUUCAUUGCUGCUGGCAAAAUUUCUACUGCUCGCGAACUGUUUAAACGCGCAAAAUUACAUCAGACUCUUGUUGACCUGACCAAUCGUGGGCAAGGGCCGCUCCUGGAGCUACCGAUGGAAAAUGGGGUUGCCAGCCCAACACUGGAUGCAGCUUCUGAGCAGCAAAAAUUAAAACCAACCGAUAAAAAGCUCACCCGUGAGCAGCUCUUUAUGCAGGCAGAAACCAUGCUUGAACUUGAGCAACUUCUUCAGUCCUUUGACGCCAUUGAGAAAUGGGGAGAUUUGAUGGAUGAUUACACAAAUUGUUCGGAUGCUGCCCAGAAGCCCGUAAUAAAGAAAAAGCUCCAUUCCGCUCUGGAUGUGAUCACCCGUGCCAUAGAACCUCUUUGUACUGACUGGCUCAUUCAACCCAUCGAUGAUGCCGAAGCCAAAGAGCUUGCCUUUAUUCGAUCGACCUAUCUCCCAGAGAUUAUCCUAGCAUAUCACACCGCACUUUACUAUGCAGGGCAUAUACUCGGUCGCGAAAUCCUGGCUCAGUGCAUGACUCUCGCCACAGUCGUUUCAUCCUCCGCGACCAUAACCGAAAGUUUUAUGGCCUCUGGUCGAAUGCGCGAAUUAGUAGAUGCACUUACCCUGUCUAGCUUCGCAAUGAUGGGCACAGGGGCAUCUAAAUUGAAGCGAAAACUUCCUAAUGGAGGAACCAACGAUAUCUGGAAGAUCCGACCGCUGAAGCUUGACGAGACUGAGGAGAUUGAUGCCCACGACGACAAGAAAGUCAAGCUUAACGGAUGCGAAACUGGCAUGAAUGGCAACCAUGUAGUUUCAACUGCGCUGCCUAUGGCCUAG